AUGCGGAGCGUUAGCUGCCUGCGAGCAGUGGUCUCGCCAUGCAGUAGCGGGAGACCUACUGGGAGGUGGAGCCGACAGUCUCUUUUUAUCGCGCCGCAUCGGCCGUCUGCCGCCCCUGCUCGAAGACUGACGACAACCACAGGAGCGGCAGGAGCACCCCCGCGAGGCUACUCCCGCCACCGUCAUCCAAGAAACCCUGUCCCUGGGAAGGAUGACUUGCCGACGAUUCUCACUGCAGCGGGAAUGGUGAAGCUGUGCGGCCUGCCGUGGAACAGAGGAUCGCCGCUGGUUGGAUUGGACGUUGCACCCAGCAAGUGA